AUGUCAAGACGCAGACGCUGUGCUUUUGAUUCUGAUAAUUUAGAAGAAUAUAUAUAGGUAUUUAAACAUAAAAAUAUCAGCUUGCCACAAUUGGAUAAAAUUAGACUAAUCUCUUUUAUGAUGACAAAAAAUUAAAAUGGGUUAAUGGAUUGAAAUAAAUUGAUGAAAAGGAGUACUCCACAAAAUAAAUAGAAGGAUUUGAACAUGGUCAUAGUCAAAAUGAUUAUAUUGAUACUUCUGAACUUCCACCCGAUAUUCAUUUGAAAUCAAGUGAUGAAGUUGUUACUCAUCACAUUAUGAUAUUAGGAGAUAUCAAUGAAUGUUUAAAACAAUCUCUUACUAUGUUCUGUAUGUAGAGUCGUAAAAAUAGUAAUGAGGAUUUCAAUGAGGAAUUGAUAUCUCCAUUAAAAAAGUAAUUAAACAUUUUUCAUAAUUUUUUUAGUAAACUAUGUCUUGAUUUAGCAAUAAAAAGAAUCUAAGAAAGAGAUGGAGUUCAUAUGGUAAAGUUUCUUAUGCAUGACACUUCUAUUUAGAAUUAUGCUCCAAUUAUCAAUGGUAAAUUAUUGUUAUAAGUCUUAUUUAGUUUAUUUUCUUUAAACUGCUAUUUACAUUUUAGCUUUUGAUGUUGAUUAAUAAGAUUUCUAACCUUAAAAAGAGCAAGAUAUGAUUUCUUACAUAAAAUAACGAGCUGUAAAUGUGAAACACAUCUAUUCAGUCUACCUUACUGAAUCAGAUAUUUCUGAUCAAAGAACAAAUAAAUAUUAUUGUAAUAGGUGGAAUAUAGGUGCUAUACUCUCCUAAGUAUUUUAUAUAAAAUUUAAUCAAAGAUUAUUGAAUAAGUUAUUAGUUAAUGAA